AUGUGGAGCAUCCUAAGUGACCCCGUUUCGGGUGUAGACCCCGCAACUGCAGCCGCCGCUGCAGCGGUGCCGGUCGCGGUGUAUCUCGUCUGCCGCAUACUUUUCCCGAACAUCGACCCUCGCGAGCCUCCCGUUCUUCCGCCAACGAUCCCGUUCCUCGGCCACAUCCUCUCCCUCAUGCGGGAACAGAAUAACAUGUUUCACCGCCUUUACCAGGAAAGAAAGCUCCCGAUCUGCACCUUGCCUAUGCUCAAUGGCAAAAUGUACGUCAUCAACGAGCCUAGGCUAGUCGCCGCCGCCAUGAGAAACCAAAACCUCUCCUUCGAGCCCUUCGCCGUCGAGUUCUCCACCCCAACCCUGGGCAUGGACAAGAAGCACGUGGAGAUCUAUUCUCAACCGGGUACGAUGGACGAAUUCUCCCACACGAUCCAGCAAUCCAUGCUCGGCGAGAAUCUCGCGGUCAUGAAUAGCGCGGCUUUGAAAGAAAUUGCCAAGACAUUGAAUGAUAUCUCCAGUAGGGAGGGGCUGGCGCUUGAGAGCGGGUUCGAGUGGUUGAGGGAGCUGAUGGCUCUCGCGACUUUACGGUCCAUGUUUGGGAGCCAAAACCCGUUGGGAAAGGAUUCAUUGAAUGAUUUGUGGGAAUUUGAUAAGGGGCUUGGCCUCCUAGCUCUGGGAUUCGCACCGAAUCUCCUGGCCCCCAAGGCUCUGAAAGCGCGCGACCGCCUCCAAGAGCGCCUGGAGCCGUACUACCUGAAAGGCCUCGACCAAGGCGACGACGUAUCGCCUCUUAUGAAAUUACGCGGCGCCAAGGAACGUCUCAUCGGAUUCCAAGACCACGAACUCACAAAGCCCGAGUCGUCCAUGCUCUUCGUCGCGACAAGCAACACGAUACCCACGCUCUUCUGGCUCUUUUCUCACGUCAUGAGCGACCCGGCUCUACUAUCGCAAGUCAGGGCCGAGGUUGAGACCAUCACGACCGUUGAAACGGACGCGAACGGUCGCCGAAUAGCCGCCACCAUGAACCUCGCCGUUUAUGAAAAGGAGUGUCCCAUGCUCCACGCGGUCUACCGCGAAAUCUUACGCCUCUACUCCGAUCUCGUCGGCACCCGCCGCGUGAUGAACGACACGACCAUACGUGACCCCGUCACCGGACAGGAGUACCUCCUGCGCAAGGGUAUCAACAUCCAAUGGGCCUCUAAAGUGGCACACCACGUGCCAGACGUCUGGGGCGACGACUCGCAUGAGUUCAAGCCUGAGCGGUUCCUUCAUGCCACGGCCGUCGACGAAAAGAAGCGGAGGGGCGCCAUGAUCCCCUUUGGUGGCGGCAAGCAUCUUUGUCCGGGACGCAAUUUCGCCAAGACGGAGAACAUCGGCUUGGUGAGUGCACUCGCGCUGGGCUAUGAUGUCGUUGGUGUCGCCGUGCCGCCGGCGGGAAAUUCGUACUUGGGGACGGCAGUGAAGAGGCCGAUAUUUGAGCAGAAGGAUCCCGUGCGGAUCACGAGACGGAAGGGGUGGGAGGAUGUUACAUGGACGUUCAAGUGUUAG